AUGGCCAGCCGGUUCUCCAACGUCGACCCGGUGACGGCGGCCGACAUGCGCCGCCAAGGCCUGGACCCGCACGAGCUGGACCGGAGCACGGAGCAGCUCAUGUCGCUCAUCCACGGCAACCUCCCGGACCCGCCCGUCUCCACCACCGCCCGCCUCACUGCCUUCCGCGCGCGCCCCUCCGACGGCGUGGACCGCAUCAGCCGCCUCUCCGACGCGCUCCUCCGCGACAUCGUCUCCCGUCUCCCUGUCAAGGACGCCGCCCGCACCGCCGCGCUCGCCGCGCGCUGGCGCGGGAUCUGGCGAUCGACGCCGCUCGUCCUCGUGGACACCCACCUGGUCUCGUCCGCGCGCGCCAGCACGCCGGACGUCAUCGCGGCAGUCUCCCGCGUCCUCGCCGCGCACCAGGGGCCCUUCCGCUGCGUCCACCUCACCUGCAGCCGCAUGGGCGCGUACCAGGCCCAGCUCAAGCGCUGGCUCCGUCUCCUCGCCGCCAGGGGCGUCCAGGAGCUCGUCCUCGUCAACCGACCGUGGCUCCGCGAGGUGCCCCUCCCCAAGACGCUCUUCACCAUCUCCACCCUCACCCGCCUCUACAUCGGAGUCUGGAAGUUCCCGGACGCGGCUGGCCUCUAA